AUGUCUGUCAAGCAAAAAGAACAAACAUUUGAGGAGGAUUUAUUUCAUUCGAUUACAAUGUGUGAAGAAAUCUCCUGGCAAGAGGGUUACACUGAAGGAGUUCAAGAAGCCACAGCCAAAAGCUAUGAAGAAGGCUUUGCUCUGGGUGCUCAAAAAGGGACUGAAAUAGGAUCAGAGGUUGGAUUCUAUGCGGGUUAUGCUGCUCGCAUUUUAAAUUUAAAGAAGGGGGAGGACUCUAAAUCAAGGAUUAUUAAGGUUUGUGAAGCUAUCGUAAAACUAGCAAACACAUUUGAAUCUGUGGAACCAACAGAUGAAGUGCUGACUGACAACCUCAACAACAUUAGAGGCAAAUUUAAACAGCUGACCUCCCUCCUGGGUGUGCAGGUCGAGUACAGCGCUACCUUUGGCAACAGUAUAAAGGGCACAUCUUUCUGA